AUGUUCUAUAUUGCUAAGUCUCGUGGUUUCGUGGCAUCAGGUUAUGUCAGUUGGGUUUCCUCUUGUCUGGAAUUUAAACUAACACAUACAUUGAACUUUAAAACUACAGCUAUUGCCUGUCAAAGAGCAGCGUACAGUGUCAAUACCAGUGAGAAACGUAUCAACAUGUUCCCAUCUAAUUUAUCACAAUUGAUUAGCGAGAAGUACUCCAGUGCACUAAAAGGUGGUAACUUGCACUUUACAGAUACUACAACCAAGAAGACUAAAGAUGCCAAGAGUGGUAUGCCCUAUGUUUUGAGUUACGCCCCAAGUCUAUUGAAGAAACCUGAGAGGGGUGAUCAACCAGAAAGGAACCCAUUUGAAGAUCCUGAACCAGAGCUAACGGUUUUGGGCGAAGUCGCCGACGGUGAUUACAGAUUGGUAUUGAACAAGUUCCCAAUCGUUGCUGAACACUCGCUGUUAGUCACUAAAGAAUUCCAAGAUCAGAAAUCACCAUUGAGCCCCAAGGAGCUGUACAUGUCAUACCAAUUGUUGGACACUUUGGAUGAUGAAGACGAGGGUAAGAGACACAUGGUUUUCUAUAACUCCGGCCCAUCCAGUGGCUCCUCUCAAGAUCACAAGCACCUACAAGUUUUGCCAUUGCCUAAUAACUUUAACUGCUUACAAGACAAAUUAUGCAAUGGUAAGGAACAUUUUAUCCCUAAUGUCAAAGUAGAGCCAUUACAAAGUGACAAGGUAUCAUUUGCCCACUUUGUGGCACCUCUACCUGAAUCUCCUGAAGACGUGAAUGAGGAUCUAUUGGCGAUGGUGUACAUUUCACUUUUACAGAGAACUCUAUCCUUUUUCCAGGACUGGACUAACGAAAUACCUGGUUUGCAAGAGAGAAAAGGUUACAAUGUGCUUUUGACCAAACAAUGGAUGUGUCUUGUGCCACGUUCCAAUACCAAGGCUCAAUCAUUGGAUAUUGGAUUCAACUCAACUGGUUAUGCAGGUCUUGUCUUGAUCAAGCAAGAGGAUACCUUCAAGAAAGUGCAAGAAGAUAACAGUGUCAUUCAACAAGCUUUGUUAGAGUGUGGAUUCCCAUCUACUGCUGGUAAGAAGGCAACCGAGUACGAAUAUUGA